CUGUAAGUACAGUGUGUGUCAUCACAGCUCGCUACUGAAUGAACAUAAAGACAGAAUGAAGAAAGUAGUUUUGGUAACCGGUGCAAACAGUGGCAUUGGUCUUGCACUGUGUGAGCGUCUCCUGAAUGAGGAUGCCCAGAUCGAGCUCUGUCUGGCCUGCAGGAACAUGCAAAGAGCUGAAGCUGCCCGAAAGGCUCUACUCGUAUCUCAUCCACAGGCUCGGGUUUCUCUGUUGCACUUAGAUGUGGGCAACAUGCACUCUGUGGUCAAGGGUGCAGAGGAGUUCAAGAAGAAGUUUAACAGAUUGGACUAUCUGUAUCUCAAUGCUGGAAUCAUGCCUAAUCCCACGGUGGAUCACGUAGCCUUUUAUCGGGGCCUGUUUUCUAGAAAUGCGAUUAAAAUGUUGACCACGGGGGAGGGUAUUCUGACCCAGGAAGAUAAGGUCACACCCAUUGGUUUGCAGGAGGUGUUUGCUACUAAUCUUUUUGGUCAUUUCCUUCUGGUGAAAGAACUGGAGCCUUUAUUGUGCCAGACAGAGCACAAUUCUUUAGUCAUCUGGACGUCCUCCAGUAAUGCCCAGCGAUCCUCCUUUAAUCUCGAAGAUGUGCAGCAUAAGAACGGCCCUUUGCCCUACAGCUCGUCGAAAUAUGCUUCAGACCUGCUUAGCUUAGCCUUGAACCGCCACUACAACAGCCAGGGUAUGUUCUCAUCAGUGAUCUGCCCUGGUCUGGUCAUGACUAACCUCACCUAUGGCAUUCUGCCUUCAUUGUUCUGGACUAUCAUCAUGCCAAUAUUGUUUCUUAUAAGGAUAUUCACCAAUUCUUUUACCCUCUCACCAUACAAUGGAGCGGAGGCUUUGUAUUGGCUGUUCAAGCAGAAACCUGAGUCUCUGGACCCGAUGGCCAAAUACCAUAGUUUGACCUCUGGGCUCGGAAACAAUUACACCCGACCAAGCAAGAUGGAUCUUGAUGAAAACAUGUCAGAGGCCUUCUAUGUGAAGCUGUUAGAGCUGGAAGAUACAGUGCGGAAGAAGCUAAGAGCAGAGAAUCCUGAUUUCAAAGAAAGAAAUGGAAUGUGAAAAAUGGAGAAAACUUUACAAACCACACUUCCAUCUUUAAAAAUGAUCUAGGUCAUUUAUAAACUGCUCAUGGAGAUUUUUCGAAAUAUUAGGUUUGGUUGGUUUGAAUGUCUUAAAAAUAGAUAAAGAUCCCAAAAAAAAAAAACAUUUCAGUUAAUUUACUUAACCCUCUGGCCAAUUUAAGAUGCUUGGGGCUAUUUUUGUAAUCAUCAUAAUUACUGUGAAAAGUCAGAGUGUCUGACUGUGCUAGAAAUGGGACAACAGGUCUGUCAUGUAUUUUAUCUUUAUAUAUCUUUGUCCAUUAUUAUGGGACCACUGAAAGGGACCUCUUCUAAAAUGCUUUGAUUUAUAAUAUAUAAUAAUUAGCACAGGUUGUGAUGGGACAUUGAAUGCAAUAUGUGUGCAUUUCCUGAUUAAUAAGUUGCUUGGUGUAUUAUGUUUGUAUUGCUGUAUACGUGUUUGAUUUGUCAUUUUUAGCUCAACCUUGACCUUGUCUUCUCUACAAAAAAAAAAGUUUAUCCUCAUUCAGCUGAUAAGUAAAACUUUCUUAACACAAUAGGCACAUAUAAGCUACAUUGUUUAUGGGUGUUCAUAUUCAAAUUACAACAAAGUGCAGUUGUAACACAUUUAUUAAACUGCAUUAAAGCUCUUACAGAUCCGAAA